AGGCGCACUGUCAUCUGUCCCACGCGCGCCAGUUCCCCUCCCGCUGCCGCCACCACCACCGACGCCGACGCCGCACACCAUGGCCCUACGACAUCGCCGCGGGAACAUCGAGGUCACGAACGCCAGCAUUGCUGUCGACCUCUCCACCAAGAAGACGUACGAGGAGAAUGUCUUUCUCUUCGUGCCCAACCUCAUCGGCUACACGCGAGUGAUACUCGCCGCCGUGAGUCUACACUACAUGAGCUACCACCCCAAGUACAGCACGGUCGCAUACGUUGUGUCAGCACUCCUCGAUGCAUUCGACGGCAUGGCCGCUCGGGCGAUGGGCCAGUCCUCCAAAUUCGGCGCCGUCCUAGACAUGGUCACGGAUAGAUGCGCAACAUCAUGUCUGCUAUGCUACCUCACCCUCGCGUACCCCGAAUACGCGCUUGUCUUCCAGUUCCUCAUCGCUCUCGACUUCUCCUCGCACUACAUGCAUAUGUAUAGCUCACUCGCCACCGGAAACUCGAGCCACAAGACCGUUCAGAGCUCCGUCAGCCGCAUCCUCUCUUUGUACUAUAGCGCACGCAUGCUCUUUAUAAUCUGCGCCGGCAACGAGCUCUUCUUCGUCGCCCUCUACCUCAUGAAAUGGGUCCACACGCCCAUCGGCUUCGGCUACUACCCCGCCCUCCCCUACGCGGCCGCGCUCACGCAGCUCACCUGGCCGCAGCUCAUCGCGCUGCUCUCCUUCCCCAUCUGCGCGCUCAAGAAUGUGAUCAAUAUCGUCCAGUUGUGGAAGGGCUCCAAGAUCCUCGUCUCCAUCGAUCUGCUCGAGCGCGCCGAGAAGCACUUCGAGGCGGAGAAGAAGAAGGAGAAGUUGGGGGAUGGGAGGUCAUAGGUGUUGAGGAAGUUGUAGGAGCGUGCGUGGUCCAGGAUCCGACCGCUCCACCGCUUCAACAGCCACGCGCCCGAUAGCUGAUAGCUUCUCGCGCUACGAGGCGUGCCUCCUGGCCUCGCGUGGCAAAGACGUGCAGGAGAGAACAUCAGUCCGUGCAUAUAUUGUACUGUGCCAUGCGCGGAGCAGGGGCGGAUAGCCGUACGCUAUAUAUUUUGCUGUGUAAUACACAUAAUAAUCGUCCUUGUCGCUC